AAAUAAAGUAAAUUUCACAGUUGCCAUGACAAUUUCAUUGUUAAUAAAUUUGUUAACUUUAACAUUCAAUUGAAGCAAACAACGAAACAAUUUCUGAUAAACUUUGACUAAAUAAAAUAUAUUUUUGUCAAAAAAUGGAUUACGAUGACGAUAAUUACAGUACUGACUCAAGUGAAGCAAGAGAACGUGACGCUAAGAAAGCGAUUGUUGAAGAAGUUGAAGAAGAAGAAACAAUUCCACUUCCUGAAUAUUCUGAAGAUCAGUUAAAUAAACUUCUAACUUUCAUUCAGCAAAUUGCGACAUGCUACGAUUUGAGUGAAGAUGACAUUAGCGAAUCAUUUACUGAGAAUGCCACUAAAUGGUUGAUGGAUGUCAUGGAAACAACUUUGUUUGUUUAUUUUGACAGGGGAUAUUUGUGUGCAAGUUCUGGUGUGCCAACAUGUACAGUCAAUCAAAUCACUUACUUUAUCCGAGAUGAACCAUUGCAUGUUUUUAGCAUUGAAGGAUUUCAUGAUGAAAUUUCUUUCGGGACAUUUCAUGAGAAUGUUGAAGAAACUAUUUUGGCAUUGAUAAAUUGCAUUUAUGGUCCACUUAUUUUACAAGACAAACGAUGGGAUGACAACGUGAAGAUGCGACUUUUCAGUGAACUUCAUUCCUUCAUGGCGCAUUUGACUGAUGUUAACGCUAAAAUUGGAUCGAUGGUUCUUCUUUACGUGCCAAAUGAAGGUCACAACUUGACGGUUGAUGAAGCAGUUCUAAGCAAAUCUUUAGUUAAACGUCUUGAGAGUGUUUUAGUUUAUUGGAUAUCACAAAUUCAACUCUGUCUUAAUGAUAUGGAAAACUUUGUUCAUGGUCUCGCUUGUCCAUCGGAAGAAUACGAAUUUUGGGUUUAUAAAUAUGAAGUUCUUAGCGGAAUUGAAGAACAAAUUCGUCAUCCGAACGUCGAACACAUUCUGAACAUUCUUCAGAAAUCUCAAUCAUUGUUCAUUGGCAAAUUCAAGUCACUUCGUGAUGAACUUAAUGAAGAAAUUGAUAAAUCGAAAUCAAAUUCUCGUUAUUUAACAUUAUUAAUUAAGCCAUGUGAAGAAAUCGAAUCUUGUGAGGAUCCAAAAGACGUUCCACCAAAGCUUCCAAAGAUUAUUUAUUUGAUUCGUGUUAUUUCACUCAACUCGGAAUAUUAUAAAGAAAAGAUUAACACUGAACGUUUAUUUGCCUACCUGAGUAAUGAGAUCAUCAACUAUUGCAAGUCAAAAAUUGACAUUCUGAAGAUUCUCAACGGCCAACCACGUUUUGGUAUCAAAAUUUGUGACAUGUCAAUCGAUUGCUGUUUAGCUUAUAAAAUUAUUUUCAAGCGACUUCUUGAACAACUUCAGAUGGAAAAUUUUCAGAAAUCUUGGAUGUUUGAUGAGACAAAAAUAUUUAAUCAAAUUGACAGUUUCAUUCAAAGACUUAACGACAUUAUGGAGAUUUGUGAAACGAUUAUUGUGUUUGGACGAUGUGAUGAGACGGUGACAAUACCACCGAUGACUUUUGGAUGUUCAAAUGGAAAAGAAUUCACGAUGAUAUGCAGUGACAUGGAAAAGAAGUUCGAUGAUGGAUUGAAAGAUAUUAAAACAGCAUCACACAUGAUUCUUGAUAUUCAUGAUAAGAAAUGGUAUUCGGAAUUUUCAACAUUCAAAGUUCUUAUUCGAUCACUUGAAGAAGUUGUUCAGAAUCUUCUCUCUAAUGUCUUCAUCAGCAUCAACAACGUCGAAGAAGCUUUAGACGUUCUUACAACAAUGCACAACUUUUCGAAACGAAAAAGUCUUCAAGCUCAAUAUAUUAAGAAAGUCGAAGAAAUGUGGAUGAUGUUUGAGUCUGAAAUUGUCACAGUUAACAAAGAUGUAACAAGAUUAGAUAAAGAAUAUUUGGGAUGUUUGCCGAAGAAUGCUGGAAAGUCGAUGAUCUUAAAAAUAAAAAUGUUGAAAUGUAAUCGGCUAAUGACACUUCUUAGCAAUGCGCAUUAUUUGCCGAAGGUGGCAAGUGUUGAUGAAACAUUGAAAAUGUAUGAAACAAUGGUUAAUAAUGUCAAACAGAAAAUUGAAACUUACAACAGUGAUUGGGGUGUAGAAAUCAACCCACAACCGUCAAGCUAUCUCACAAGAUUUCUUAUUAAUCGCAGUCCAACACAUGGCGGUCUUCUUGAGUGCAACAUUGAUCGGAAUAUUCUGCCAAUCUUAAAUGAAGCUAAAUAUUUUGAUAUGAUGGAACUUCCACUGCCGGCAGUUCUCCUUCAAACAUAUCCAAAAGCAAAAAAGAUCUUCACAAUUUUUAACAAAGUUGUUAAUGUUAUAAUGUUGCACAAUCGAAUCUUAUCGUCGCUGUCAGAUAAAGAACGUUUGUUAUUUCGAGAACACAUAAAGUUGAUGGAUCGUAGAAUUUCUCCAGGAAUGUUCCGUUUAACUUAUAACGAUGAAAUGACUGAUAACUUCAUCACUGAAUGCUUAAAACAACUCGAUGAAUUGCAAUAUUUUGUUGACAUCUAUAAAAUCAUUAACAUGGUCAAUGUUCGGUUAUUUGAAGAGAUUUCAAAUGGUUUAAUUUUGAAUCAUAAUGUGAAAUCGAUUGGAACUUUGCAACACUUUAAAAAGAAGUUGAAAGAGUCGAGAAAUAGUUCAGUGAUUGCUAUCGGAGAUAUUUACAAUAAAAUCAUAAAAUAUAUCAUCGUGAUUUAUGAAGGAUUUGAAACUCAAUUAACCGGUGACGUUGCUGAGAAAUGGAUUAAUUUUAUUCGGAAGAUUGACGCUUUAGCUGAAUAUGCAAUUUUAAACUGCACUAGGAACACAUUACUUAGUGUGUUUAAUCUUCUUAACGGAAAGAACGACAUGAGUCCCGAACCAUUUAUUGCUGUUAACAUCACGUUAAAGAAUCGUCAAAUUCAUUUCGAACCAUCACUUGAAGAAGUCGCUGAGACACUCAACAACAUUUAUCUGGAUAUAAUUAAAAGCAUCAAAAUAUUUCCACGACUAAGUGAAACAUUCAAGUUGCCAUUUUCAUCUGAAAUAAGAAAGUUUCAUGAAGUCAUUGAACAAGAUUCUGAAUGUCAAACAUAUUUGGUGAACAUUCGCAAUGUUAUUGAAGAGAAUUUGGAGAAGACGUCUGAUUAUCUGUAUGCUUGGUAUCACUUCCGCACCAUUUGGGAUAUUGACGUUGAACAAUUCAUGACGAAAUAUCAAGAGAAAGGCAUUGACUUAAAAGAGUUUGAAGCAAGCAUGUUGAAAUACUUUGAUGUUGCUAAUCAAGUCAUAAUGCAAGACAUGACAGUCACGAUAACUUAUUUGACUUUUAACUGUUCAAAACUCAAGGAUCAUGUUCUCGAUUACGUGACAGAAUGGAAAAAAGGUUACAAAAACACUCUUUGUGCAGAAACAUUGAAGAAACUUGAAAAGUUCAAUGCAACAUUAACAUCAAGAAUAGCAACAUUGAGUCAACAACCAGACACUUAUGAAGAGUUGAACUUGGCUUUAGAUCUUUAUGAACAAUCUGUCAAUGAAAUGAAAGACCGAGAAAUGGAAAUGAAUGUCAUUAAAGAGUUUUAUUGUAGUUUGGAGAAAUACAACAUUGACAUUCCUUUAACAAUCAGAAAGAACUUCGAGACUAUCCCAAUAAACUGGAAUCGUUAUUGCGAACAAUUGAAUGAGAUCAAUAACGCUUUGAAUAAUCAAAAGGAAAAUUUCAAGAUGGGAUUGCUGAAAAGAGAAACUGUUGCUGAAGUUAAAACAGAAACUGAAAGAGAUUCAACAAUGACUGUUGAAGACGAGUCAGACAUCAUAACAGAAUCAACUGAAGAAGCAUUGGAACAUGAACUCAAGGGAAAUUAAAAAAAAACAUGAUUAAAUGAUUCUGAAAAGAUAAAUUGAUGUAAUAUUUAUACGUC